UUAUUACCACUAUCACAGUUUGUUUUCCACUAUCGUAUAAUGACGUCAUCCCGUUGAGAAGCCGGCUAUUCCACCAAUUUUGAUAUAGGUGUAGUCUAGUUAUUGAAAUUAUACACUGCAAUCACCAAAUGGAUAAACCACGGGUCUUAAUACUUGGAGGUUGCGGCUUUAUAGGCCGCAAUUUGGUCUCCCACUUAAUGAAAAAUGACUUAGCCAGUCAUAUAAGGGUCAUCGAUAAGGUGCCACCACAAGUUGCCUGGCUCAACGAAGAGGAACAGGCCUUUUUUAACAACCCCCUUGUGACAUUCGUUAGUGCCAAUUUAAUCAACCCAGAGAGUUGUAAAAUGGCCUUCCAAACUGACAACCAGUGGGACCUGGUGGUGAACUGUGCCGGUGAAACCAAGUCAGGGCACUCUGACCCUGUUUACAAUGAGGGGAUACUGAAGUUGAGCGCGAAUUGUGCCAAUCAAGCUGCAGCACAAAACGUCAAACAUUAUGUGGAAUUGUCCUCAGGGAACAUGUAUUCGUCUGAGAAGGCACACAAAGAAGACGGCUCAGUUGACCCAUGGACUUUUGUGGCAAAAUGGAAGCUGAAAGUGGAGAAAAAGUUGGAAGAGAUCCCGGGGCUGAAUUAUACAGUCCUGCGUUUGCCUUUUGUGUACGGCUUGGGGGACAAAAGUGGUUUAAUGCCUAGAAUUAUGGCGGCAGCCAUUUACAAGCAACUGGGGGAGACCAUGAAGCUUCUGUGGAACGCCGACCUGCACAUCAACACGGUGCACGUCUCAGAUGUGUGCAAUGCCAUUUGGUUCAUUAACGGACGUGCUGAUACAUUCGGACAGGUCUACAACGUGGUGGACGAGGCCGACUCCACACAGGGAAGUGUGUCCAAUUUAUUGUCGGAGAUGUACGGCAUCAAAGUCGACUACUACGGCGGCAUCCUGUCUAACCUGGUGGACUUGAUCGGGGCGGCCGACGACGCCAACGACAAGCACGUGGUACCUUGGGCGGAAGCCUGCAAAAGGGAUAACAUCGAAAACACCCCGCUGACGCCCCACAUGGACCACGAGCUGCUGCUGCACAAGCACCUGCGUCUGGACGGCAGCAAAUUGAAAGGUCUGGGCUUUAGACUGAACGUUCCGGAACCGACGAUCGAUGAGUUCAAACGGAUGUUACAGAAUUUCGUUCAGAUUAACAUCUUUCCUCGAUCGUUGCUUCCUUAAGCUUGAAAUCAAAAUUUUGGUACGUUGGUUAGUCGCACAAAUCGUUCAUAAUUGAAAGCCUUCGCAAACAAGUGCCUAAAUAUAUUCAUGAUUGUUAUACGGUGCAAUAAAAUUGCCAAAAGUACAUUAAAUAAUUUAACCGAGAUAAAAAAAGUAUUUGUAAUCGCUGUUUGUUUAAAUUUUAGUCAGUAACUAGUUCUAAAUUUGGUGUGAUAAUGUAAACUUAUUGAUACUUAAUAGAUUUUGACUCUAAACUAGUUCUUACUUAAUUAAUCGAUGUGAUACACCAUGGAAAGACAUUCUGAUACGCACUUAUUACUGUAAUUGUUAUAUGUGGGUUGUUACGUAAGUUUAUCAAUAACUACUUUUUAAAAAAUAAUAUAUUAAUGGGCUACAAUUAAAUCCACCCUGUUACUUACUGGUUGUCUUAGGUUAUAAAUUAAGGAAACAGUCCCUUAAAUUUAUUAAAAACAAUUAAAUAAUAUUUUAUGUGAACAUUAAAUUAAAAGCUGAAAUGUUAUUGUAAAUAUAAAAUCCUCUUCAAGUAAUUGAGGUUAUGUCGUCAAAGUGGCCUAACAAGAAUUUAUUACAAAGUAUUUACCGUUUUUAUUAUUAAAAAGAAAUUUACUGAAUUGUUACAGGCAAUAAUUUAUUGCAAAAUGAUGUCUUAAAAAUAUCAGAAUGGUCUAAUUUUCCAAAAUGACUGGAAUAAGUUCCAAUUUGUUGUGGAAUUGAAAAUGUUGUCAAUUGUAAUCAUUGCUCAAAUAGGUAUUGUGCUUAGUUUUUGUUAUAUACUAUUUUAUUAUUAUUUGAAAUAUACUUUGCUUAAGAA